AUGUAUUGCGAGUCUUGCUCUUAACCUUUAUGCAAAUAGUGCACAGCCAAGCAUCAUGGUCUUGACCAUAACAAGUUUUUCCUCAAAGACUAUUUAAAAACUUAUCCUACAAAGUUAUAGGAGAAAUCAAUGGAGUGCAAGAAACUUUUAAAUAAAUAUCAGUAAUAUAAGAUCUAUGAAAUCAGAUCAUUCCUUAAAUAAUUUCAGUCCACAGUAAACUCAUAUGUGACUCAAGUGACAAGAGAGAUUCUUAAAAGUGUAAUGUUUAAGGACAUAUUCAAGGGCUAUCAUACUUUAAAGCAUACUCCUAAGUGGUUUGACAGUACUCGAGUCACAAUUAAAACUAGUCAGGAAAAAUAUAUAGCUCUAAGAAUGAGACCUGAAAUUGAUCAGAAAAUCAAAGAAGUUGAUGAGGCCAUUAAGAAAUUGAAGAAGAUUGAGAAUUAGAGAGUAGAUCAUACCAUCUAAAUGAAUAAAAGUAUGUCACAAGUCAAAUAAAAUCUUAAGGAUUCAAUCCUAAGAAUCAUAGCAGAUACUAAAAUACCUUAAAUUUUAAAAGAAAAAGAUACUUUUGCCAACUUCGAGCAAAUGAAUGUGGAUAAUCUUCCCGAAACUCAAAACAUGAUUGUGGAAAAUGAAAUCAAUUUCCCUUCUCAUUCUGCCCCAAUUAAAGACAUAACAGUUACAGGAAUGGAUACCUUCAUGACAGCUGACAGUCAUGGUAUCAUAAAUGAAUGGAACAUUAACUAAUAAAAAUUAUCAGAGAUUGAUUUGAAUCUUAAUCCAGAUGAGGAUGAUGUAGAAUUACUCUGUUUUGGACAUUCAAUGAGUCAUAAAGUUCUUCUGGGAGGCCUUUCAGGUGGUGAAUUAUUGGUUUAAAAUCAAGAUAACAAUCAAAGCAUUAUUGGAAAAUGCACUUAAAGUGAUAUUAUUUCGAUGAUAAAUUUGAAAGAAUUCAAAAAAGGGAAGUAUAUGCUGAUACAAGAUAAAAUCAACGAAAUUAAACUCAUUGAUACAAAGAAAAUUGCUUUUAAGGAUCAAACUGUUAGCUAAGCAAUCACAUAUAAAUUUGAUCAGAGUUAUUCUUCUCUGGAUAACUAUGAAAGUAACAAAAGACUCCUUGAGAUAGAUAGGUUUAGAAAGUUACCUAACUUAAAGACAGCAGAUGGCACAAUGAAUUAUACUUAUUCAACUGUUGUAUUGAGUUCGUUGACCUCCAUUCAUAAAAUCAAUAUGAUUAAAUUAAUCUACAGAAAGAACACUUAAUCUUCAUGCUUUAGCUCUAAGACUUGGAAAAACUGGAACCACUAAGUCCUAUAGACAUUUGAUUUUACUCAUGGCCCCACAUGCUUUCUAGAAUUAAGUGGUUGCAGAUUAGCAGUGGGAGUUGGAGCAAAUAUUGAAAUAUUCCAAAUGGACGAAGCUAAUAAUUCCUAAGCCCUAGCAAAAGAUAAAAAAGCAGCAGUGUAAAACAAUUAGCCCUAAAAUAAGAAGCUGAUAUUGAAAGGUCAUAUAAAGAGAGUGAGAUCACUUGCAAUAGAUACCACAUUACAGAUAGAUCAUUCUAAAGUAAAAGAAGAGUUUAUAGUGUCGUGCAGCGAUGACGGCACUGUGAGAGUAUGGUAGAUUCCAGAAGUCUUAGACUAAAAGCUUUUUAAAAAAUAGACUAGACAGGACCAAGCUGAGGAGAUCAAAUAAAAUAGAAAUUAUUUUGAUGAGGAUGAUAAAAGAUCUAGAAGAAGCAGAGGCGGAGGUUAAACUUAGAGGACAUAAGAUAAUACUUAUAGGCAUCAAUACACUGAUAGGAACUAUGAUAAUGAUGAGAGUGAACUUCUUGAUAGCAGAGAUAAGGAUGAUGAGGACCUCGAUGAUGAAUAUGAUGAAGAAGGAGAAGAUUAGAGUGAAUAUUACUCUGAAAAUGAUAAAUCUAACAGGAAAAAAAGAGGUGAUGAUGAUGAAUCAUAAUAAAGCCAAUAAUUCUUCGAAGGAGGAGAAGAGGAGAAAGAUAAGACAAGGCAAAAGCUUAAUCAGAUGACUAAAGCAACAGAAGAUGAGGAGGAAUAUGACUCUCCUAAUUGCUGUAUUGAGAUUAAUACUCUGCAUAAGGAGAAAAUGACUGGAGUAAUAUCUAUAAACAGCAGUAUAAUCACGGUUUCUAAAGAUGCUGAAAUCAAGCUUUUUAAGAUCAAGAAAAUAUGA